AACAAAGGUUAUCUGGGGAAGAUUUGGCUUCAUUUAUGAGCUAAAGCUCUUCCCAGUGUGUAGCGGUCAUAAAAGAGCUUUCGCGUGAUCGCUAGAAAGAUCCGUUUUGGUGGUUAAAUAUCGAGUAUGGCGACAGGUCGGGUCCAGUCUAGUCAUGUGAACUAUCACGGAGAAGGGUCGGUAGUUCCUGGGGGUAGGCUGAGCUUAGCGGAGAGUUUGCAGGACAGUAACGUGUUCUUCUCUCGGCACGGAAUCACCAAGAGAGCAGCGUCAAACAUCUCGUAUGUCCAGUUCGUGCCGGUGGGUAGAGAAAGGCCCAACUUGGAGAAAAUCCGGCGGUGGCAGUCCUCACCCUCCCUGAAGCUUUCUUCGCGAGACAGGCGGUCGCCUGUAGGGGUAUCCCCGAGACAGGUAGGCAAGGGUAUGAAGCGGUGGUCGCCAAGCGUGCCGAAUCUAGAGAAAGAUCCGGACUUUUUCUGUCAGGGAAUGCCGUUAAAAAGGCCGCCUGUGAAUACCAAGGGGGAGUCGCCAAGGCCGUGUUCUUCGCUAGACUCCACGGGUGUCGUGCGGCUUAGGAUAUCGGACUGUACCCGGUUCUGGAGCCACCACCUGUCCGAGCUCGAGCCGACCGUGCGAGCGGCGCGGAGCCUACGGUACGAGCAAGAGUGGCGGCAGGAACACGCAGAGGUGACGCCAAGAUACCGUCUGUCCAAGGAGACUCUGAAAGAGCACGACUACCGCAUGAACAACGCCGGGCGACGGUCGGAGAAGUCGAGAAGCAGCCCCGUGCAAGUGGACCCCCGUCGCGGUAGUGAAGAGAACGGCGUCACGGUUAGAUUCUUAGACAAGGAAAUAACCGAAGACUACGGCAUGAAUGACAGAGAACCACUGCUCGCUGACGGUCACCACAAUUCGAGAACAUCAUCUGAAAGCGAAGACUACAGAGACACCGACAUGGACGCCCUUCGCAACGGCCACGUCAAGUCAAAACCUGACAGAGACGCAAGGUAUAAAGCAACGAAACAGGACGAAGACUUUAGCUCCUUUAACGCCGCUAAGGUGGCUUUAGUUGCCAAGAUGCACGAUCUGCAAGACUUCAUCUCGAAGACGACAAGCCAAGCGGACGGGCCGAAAGAGCUCACGAGUCCGCGCAGGGGACUUCAUCAGAAGCGCAGUACCAGGUCGUACGGUGGUGCCCCCUUGCGGUCGCUGCUGAAUAAGCUGCCCUCGGAUUUCAUCAUGGGGCACAUCGGUUGUCAUGGCGACUGUGGACAGUGUUUCCAGGCUGCGCUCAUGCCUGAAGGUGUGGUGGACCCCGCCGAUAACAAGUGACUUUUUUUGUCUCACUGUAGUUUACAAAUUGUUAUCAAAGUUGUUCUGCGACCCUAGCAACACUGAAGCUAGAAAAAUAUGUGUAGCGAUAUCAGAAACCAUAUGGUGGAAAGUUGUAUGUUGAAGUUUUUUGCAGAUUGUGAUAUUAUUUUUGCAGAUUGUGAU